UUCGGCAAUGUAUAUCUUUAGACCAAGGUCAGAGUAAAAUACUCUGUAGACCCCCUGGUGAGACUUUGGGAGGGGAUCAAUAUUCGGUUCCAGUGUAUACAACCAGUACACAACAGCAGGAUGCUAGUAGUACAGCUAUAGUUGAAGGUGUUGGUGUAUCAUUAUUUGGUCUCUAUCAUGUUGUAAUCAUUAUUGUGUUAAUUAACAUGUUAAUUGCUAUGAUGAGUCAUUCGUUUGAGGAUAUUCAGAAACGGCGGGAAACGGUAUUAAAGAGUUUAAAGAUAAAAGAGGAAGAAACGUCGUAUAUUGAUAUAAUGCAUCGAUUAGUGAAAAGAUAUCUCUUUAAGUUAGAGAGGGCUAAAGAUGAAAAGGAGAAGC